GGAAAAAAGGAAGCCUGGUAAGAAUGGAAUUGGGUUCGGAAUCGGAUGUGGAGCAAGCAAGGAAGGAACAAUUGAAAUGGUUGCUGCUGUUGCUGUAGAAGCAGGAAGAAGAUGAGUCUGCCAUGCAAGCCAAGACAAGGUUUUUACCUUGCUUGCUGCUAUGGAGAAGAGAGCCUCCCUAUCACGUAUCUGCCUUUCGUUUUCAUCCAUGUCGUUAAACAAGGGCACAGCCAUGGAGAAGGAGAAGAGAGCUCUGCUGCCGCCUCUUCUGCUCUGCUUCCUACUCUCAGGCGUGGCGCGGCGUGCUGAGUCUGCCCGCGUGUUCACCAUCAUCAACCAGUGCAAGACGGUGAUCUGGCCGGCGGUGACGCCUGGCGAGAACUUCGGCGGCGGCGGGUUCGCGCUGCGUCCGGGGCAGUCGAUGAUGUUCACGGCGCCGGUGGGAUGGUCGGGCCGCAUCUGGGGCCGCACGGACUGCAACUUCGACGCGGGCGGGAACGGGUCGUGCGCCACGGGCUCCUGCGGCAGCGCGCUCAAGUGCGGGUCGUCGGGCGCGACGCCGGCCAGCCUCGCCGAGUUCACGCUGGCGUCCGUGGAUUACUACGACGUGAGCCUUGUGGACGGCUUCAACCUGCCCAUGGUGAUCAAGCCCGUGAACGGGCAGGGCAACUGCAGCGCGGCCGGAUGCGACGGGGACCUGCGGCUGAGCUGCCCGUCGGAGCUGGCCGUGAAGGCCAACGGGCGGACCGUGGCGUGCCGGAGCGCCUGUGACGUGUUCGACACCGACCAGUACUGCUGCCGCGGGCUGUUCGGGAACCCGGCCAAGUGCCAGCCCACCUUCUACUCCAAGAAGUUCAAGGCUGCCUGCCCCACCGCCUACAGCUACGCCUAUGACGAUCCCACCAGCAUCUUCACCUGCUCCAACGCCGACUACGUCAUCACAUUCUGCUCCAACAGGAAGCAAUCAGUGUGCUCGUACCACAACAACCAGCUUGCCUGUAGUGACUCGAGCAGAUCUUUGGCGAUCAGCAUGUCCAGGCUCAUGCUCGUGCUGCUCCUCAGCUUUUUGGCUUUGCAGUUUUCAGUGUAAGCUAGCUAGCUAGGAGGAUCGAUCGCAUAUUACUGCUGCUAACUGUUUUUCUUCUGACUUUCUGAUCGAUCGAGGAACAGAAGUACAGACAGGUGAUUUUAUUUGUUUGUCAAAUACAGCAGGCACUCCUCUCAAACUGAUGAGAUGAGACUCACACGCACACACAUACGUACAUGCGAACAUAUAUAUAUUUCUAUAUAUUAUUAGUGAUUCUUGACAUGCAUAGAGACAGCAUAAUAAGUGAUUCUUGUUUGCUUGCUCCUUUGUCCCUUUUUAUCAUGUAUGUAAUAGGCAUGUGGUUCAGUCAGUGCAAGUGCAGACAGCAGCACUGCACCAGGCAACAUGCAUGGUUGCAAUGAUGUAACUAAAUUUAAAAGAAAGCAUAAUAUCCAAGCUAGCUACGGGUUGUGUAUAACAAUGUUGUGCUGUGUGUGGAUUUGAUUAAUUUCAGCCUUUCAACUGGUCACCAAAUAUGUGGUUUAUAAUAUUGAUGUUGUUGGCACAUACAUACAGUACAACCGAUCUCAUUUGAAGCAAUGCAAUAUAGGUAUAGGUUAGAAGGAUAUGAUGGCACAAGAUAGCUGAUGCUAUGAAGAGAGUAGAUAGGUUGUCCCUGAAAGGCGCUGAAACUGAAAAUAGCAUCUAGUCCGAUGGAUCUAAUAAUUAACUAGCUAGCUAGGGGGCCAAACUGAAGAUUGGUGAGCUGAGUGGGAGAAUCGAUCGUCCUGAGGACAGAGACAGAGAUACGCUGGAUAGACAUGGGCUUGACCGGAGAGAUGAAUUGAAGAUGACCAACAGCAAUGCAAGCUAGCACAACAUGCAGUGGUGCUGCUGGCCUGCAGGUGCCAACAAAGAGCCCAUAGCUAGCCCAACAGCCGUGCAUAUGCCCGCUGAUCGAUAUGAUGAUGAUGUACUACAAUACAAGCAUCGAUCAUAACAUGGCACAUGCGGCAAUCGAGUGCGCUGGAACCCAACGGCCGGCCGGCCCGGAACAUCUCACAUGCAUGGAGAGAUGGCCGCCGCGCCGGAUCGGAGAUACAUAUGGAUUGGUUUAUCAGCUAAGCGAACAAGACGUCACCAGCGGCAGUAUAUUGUUGCUGGAGUGUGAGACUGAACUACUAUUCAAAGGGGGUUUCAGGUUUGAAAGAUCAAUCAUGGUUGGUUGUUGGACUGCCGUUUGUUUCCGGCUGAAUUAGCAUUGUGAU